GGGGGAUUUUUUGCUCCAGAGGCGACAGAAAAAAAUCUUACCCAACAACAAUGGGGUUUCUCCGUUGUCUCCAGUUGCUGCUUCUGUUUCUAUCUCUUCGUCUACAAAAGCUCUCUGCUCAAUCUCAACCCAAUGCUUCUUCUUCUUCUCUCGAUGCUCUUCUUCAAGAUUACUCUUUUAGAGCCUUUGUUCGUCCUCGUACCGGCAUUCUCUACGAAGCUUCUACUGUUCCUUCCAAUUUGACUGGGAUCAAACUCGCUGCCAUGAGACUCAGAAGCGGAAGCUUUAGAAAACGUGGAGUUACUCCUUUUAAAGAGUUCUCAAUUCCCAGCGGCGUUAUCGUUAAGCCGUAUGUGACAAGGCUUGUAUUGGUUUAUCAAAACCUAGCUAAUUUCUCUCACUUGUAUUACCCUUUGUCUGGUUAUGAUUAUGUCGCUCCUGUGUUGGGUCUUCUCGCUUACGAUGCUAAGAAUCUCUCUGCGGUUAAUUUGCCUGAGCUUGAUUUGAGGGUGUCUAAUGAUCCUAUCAGAAUCGAUUUCUCUGAUCUGGAACGAAUCCCGCAAGGGUCUAGUGCUAAGUGUGUUAGAUUUGAUUCUAAAGGUGAAGCGAGUUUCAGCGAAUCGAUUCAGCCUGGAAACACAUGCGAGACUGAGCAUCAGGGACAUUUCUCAGUUGUGGUAAAAUCUGUGGCUUCUGCUCCGAGUCCAGCUCCUCCAGUGGAUAGGAAGGAGAAGAAGAAGAGCUCUGAAUCCAAUUCCAAGACUUGGAUCAUUGUUGGGUCGGUGGUAGGUGGAUUGAUACUGUUGGGGCUUUUACUGUUUCUGGUUUUGAGAUGUCGGAAUUACAAGAAGCAAGAGAAAAUGAGGGAGAUGGAGAGAGCUGGAGAGACAGGGGAAGCUCUGAGAAUGACUCAGGUCGGAGAAACAAGAGCACCAACUGCUACUACGACUCGUACACAACCAAUGCUUGAAACCGAAUACGCAGCUUAGGAUACUUUGUCAAGUUGAUACUUCCACAUUCAUCUUGUUUCUCUGCUGGUGAUAAGGAAAUAAGUAAUAUUGUUUUCUUGUUGUGCUCUCAAAUCACAAAACUUUGGUGGUCGCUCCAUGGAAAUGAAAAGAGUUGGAUUGUUUCUGGAGUGCACUCACUUUGUUUUCUUCUAACUACUUUUGCUGUAAAGCUUUGCUCUUUUUUUGUAAUAAUGUCAACAUCUUUUG